GCGUAGGAUGGCUUUAUGGAGCAACACACAUCAACAUGUCGAAGCAGGAAACGGUGUUGUGAAAAGAUUGUUUUCAAAUGCAGUUCUACACGGAUCUAGAUUGUACACAGCUUGUUCAGGACAACUUUGAAUCACAGCUCGGCAGUUCUCCUAAAGUACCCUAAUGCAAGAAUCUGGCGUCGACCUCGAAUUUGACAUUUUAGGCGAUAUCCUCGAAGAAUUUCAGCCGAAGGUCGGCUUUUACGAGAUUCAAUCUCGCACGUUGGAUGAUGUAAUAAGCAGUACACCAACCAAGAAUCUUGGUACAGGUGCUGAUGCGAUAUUAAGUGAAUUGUUUAAGCCAAAAGAAAAUAAAAUGUCUUUGAGUCGAACCCAGCAGAAACUUCAGCUGCAACGCGAGCAUUUACUUAAACAAGAGCAGAAGAAAAAGGAACAGGAACGACAGCGACAGCUUGAACAAACAUCGGAAAUUUCAAUUCCGUUUCCAAGGCCUACGGAGACUCUUCCUCCGCACAUCCCGCCCGCUGUUUUAAAUUUCAAGACCAAGCUAGAAAAUCCCACUAAAUACUAUGUUUAUAAAACCCAAGAGCGAAAAUUGAAGGAGUAUAUUAACCAACAUGGCGGCAGUGCUCCGUCACCAGGAUUCACACCGCCGACGUCUCAUGCCACCUUGAAUGCCAUUAAUAGUAUGAGUACUUUGCCCUAUGUUGCUGAUGGUCUUGGUUUAGCUGGAGCAACGAAGCCUCCAGAUAGCCCAAUGUCGGCUGCUAGUUCAACAGGAGCAUCAGAAGUCGAUGAAAUACUUGAUGACAUUAUCAGUCUCGAAGGUGAUGCUGUGGCCAACCAAAUGGGACUGGAUAAUAGCUUUGACUUUUUGGACUUUGCCGGCACUAAUGCAACUCUAGCGUUACCUGCUGCCGCCAGUGUCUCGGACAUAUAUAACGGACGAAACGUAUCUGCCGGGCCUUUACAAGAUGCCAUCUCAACGUCUUGUCCGCCGAAGAUAAAGCAGGAACCUGGUGAAGAAAGUUGUAACAACAUGGAGAAGUUUAAUCAUGUCACGUACUUAAAAGAUCGCCAGAAAAAAGAUAAUCAUAAUAUGAUUGAAAGAAGACGACGGUUUAAUAUCAAUGACCGAAUAAAGGAGCUGGGAACUAUGAUUCCGAAACAAGACUCUGAUAUGAAGCAAAAUAAAGGCACAAUCCUGAAGUGUACAGUGGAUUAUAUCAAGUAUUUGAAGAAAGAGAAUGAGAGACAUAAAUCGAAUGUCGAAAAGUUCCGAGAGACUGAGGAACUAAACUCAAAACUUUUACUACGAAUUCAAGAGCUGGAGAUGCAUUGCCGGGCACACAACGUUCCGGUGACACCUUUAACAAACGAUACAUCCACGGCCACGUUGUCUGCUCUGCUUAGCGCAAAGAGAAUUAGUACUCUUCCCAAUAGAACAAUCAAAACUGAGAAGGCGUAUAGGGACGAUAGUGCGGCGUGUUCCAUGAAUACUGACAGUUACGGCGAGUCCGGUGAUCGCUAUGACAACGAGGAGGACGUUAUGGAAACAUGAGAAUCAUCACAUGAAAAUAAUUCUUUUUAAUACAUCGCGAAGCAUGCCAAGAAAGCAUCCAAAAAGUUAGUUGUUUCUGGAUGACGUUUGUUUUUGAUGUUAAAAGUCGGCAUUUUACCAGUCCUGUUCAGCUUUCAAGGAAAAUUGGAAUUUUGGAGGAUUCAUGAAUGUUUUCGUUGGGAGUUUGUUCCAUCGAGACAUUGGUAGUUUUUAACCGUCUCCUUUUCGACAAGGCGUUAAAGUUACUGGAGAUCAUGCGGUUGGAAAUUUGUUCCAGAUAAACUUUCUGUGUACAGAUGUCAAUUAGUCUGUACAAAAAAUCUGUACACAAUGCCAACCACUCAAUUCGAAAGGCGUCUGUCUGUUUCUAAUGAGCGUAUUCUUCGUCUUCAUUCUUCCAUUUGACGGACAAUAUCGACAAAUUUCAACGCAUUUUAAUGUUGCAAGAAAAGGAGAAAUUUAUCUACUUUCUCAAAGAUACUUUGGAAACAAGUAUGCAUUUUAUUCUUGUUCGCAACCAUUGUUGGGCGGACGGUGUAAUCUUUUAAGUAAAACUCGUGAAUUGUAAAGUAAACAUGGGCUUUUAGGCUAAGAUAUUUUAUAACAUAAUCAUUAACUUGCAAGCAAAUUUUGCUAAGACUAAAGGCGUGGCCUUUGAGGUGUCACGCUUAAAAUGUGACUUUAGGGUCCCGUACAGGCGGUAAUUAGAGACGCAAGAAGAGAUUUAAUCUUGAUAUUUUAGAAAUGAUAAGAAACUCGUAUACUUUAAUCGCCCUACUCUUGCGAUUGAUUCAUGCUGUGUGCAUUGUAUUAUCACCGUAAUCAGUUUGACAACGGGUUUUGCAAUCCCAAUUCCGUGGCGAAUUCCGUGUAAUACCGACCAAUGCCGAUUGCUCGCCGACUCGGAGACAGCGUUUCUGAGGUCAGGUAUACAAGAUUAUAUCACUCAUCCGUAAUCUUAUGGUUUUUAUAUGGCAAAGAGUACUGUCAAUUGUCAUGCAUUGAAGGACAUUUCUUUGGGUGCGAAGAUGGUCAUCAGCAAAAUAAAAUGUUUCGGCGAGAUAGCAACCUAGGCCAGUUGUAUAAAAAGUUAGAAAUACUGCGGUUUAACCACGCAAAAUAUAGUUUUAUACAACCGGCCCCUGCAUGGCUUCCAUAAAACGGCAAAACGCUAACAGAAUGCAGUUUUGCGGCGAUUAGCAGUUUAUAACCGACAAGUGAUUCUCCGACGAGUUCCAAAAACUGAAAGUGUUCUCUUUCGCUAUGAUUACGGUUUUUACGGAUGAUGAGACAUCGUCUGGUCGGUGUUAUUUGGAAACGAACAGCACCAUAUUGCUGUUGCCACAUUUAAAAAAAUUGGCGGAAGGGGGAGGGAGGUGUUUUUAGCGACAUACAAAUAUACAAUCAUACAAACAGAAAAUAAGAUGCAAUUUUUUGAUUAAUUGUAAUGUAAUUUUAGUUAUUAGUAUUGUGUAAUUGUAAAUUAGCGGAAAAUUUUUCAAAAUAUAUUUUAUAUGUA